AUCAUUUGUUAAAUGACAGUACAUGAAAACGGCUGGCCGACGCGGAGUAAAAUUGUAAAGAAAAAAAGAAAUUUACGAAAAUUAUUCGAAAUAAGUGUUUAAAAUUGUGCAAAUAAAGAAAAACUAAAAAAAAUAAAUAUUUAAAGAAAAUUACCUAAAAGGAAUAAUUACAUUUAUAAAUGGUAUCAGUGAAUAAAAAUAUAACAAUUUAUUAAAAAGUUUAGUGUUAGAAACAAGUCAAUUAUACAAGAUAAAAAUAAAAACCGAAAUAUUUAAAAACAAAUAAAUUUAUUAAAAUGUUGGAAUUUUAUCCCAUGCCUACAAAUUUAAAUCAUGGCGCUUCAUUGUAUCCUCAUCAGCAAAAUCAUGGUGGUGCCAGAUUUUUGGAUAAUCCUGCCACACAAAAUAUAAACACCAUGACCCACCAACAGCAACAGCAUCACCAGCAACACUUACAACAGCAGCAGACAAAUUCACAACAGCAAAUGAUUGCCUCACCUAGUCAAGCAGCAUGUCCGCCACAAAAUCAUAAUAAUUCCUUAAACACCUGCUCGAUAGCUUCAUUAACAGCACAAACGUCAUGUCUAGCAGCUGCUACGACUACAAGUAAUGAUGUUAACCCAGAAACCUCCAACACAACCUCCUCCUCUUCAUUAUCAUCCGGCGCCAACUCAAAUUCCACCUCAUUACAUUUAGCAAUUAGUAACAGCAAGCACCAGCAGCAGUCAUCGUCUAGUAAUUGUUCAACUACACCUCAACAGAAUUCUACGUCUGCCAUUCCUGCCUCCAACUCAUCUUCGGCGACAUCAAACGCUUCAACAACAUCCUCUAAUAAUUGUACAAAUUCUGCUACACUACUUUCAUCUUGCUCAAAAUUAUCCUUAGAAUGCAAUGGACGCACAGGUGUCGAUCAAAUAAAAUGCGAGAAAAAUUUUGAAGUUUGUGAGGGUUGUGGACAAAAAAUUCACGAUCGUUAUCUUAUGAAUGUGGGCGAUACGAAUUGGCAUGAAAAUUGUUUGGCCUGUUGCUAUUGUGGUAUGCAACUGCAUCAGACUUGUUAUAUGCGCAAUGGCAAACUGUAUUGUAAAAUGGAUUAUGAAAGAUUAUUUUCAUUUAAAUGUGCCGCUUGCUGUCAUCCCAUAUUGCCUCAAGACAUGGUCAUGCGUCCCCUGCCCAAUUUAAUAUUUCAUUUAUCCUGUUUUGUCUGUGUGGCCUGUCGCAUACCCCUACAAAAAGGAGAACAAUUUCUCUUGCGUGAUGGCCAAAUAAUAUGUUUCAGACAUGAUUUGGAAAAGGAAAUGUUUUUAGCGGCUGCCGCCCAACAUUGUGGCUAUAUGGGUUUAGAUGAAGAUGAUCUAAUGAGACCACGAGAUGGUCGUAGAGGACCCAAGAGACCGAGAACAAUAUUGACUUCACAACAGCGCAAACAGUUUAAGGCCUCAUUUGAACAAUCACCCAAACCCUGUCGUAAAGUAAGAGAAGCUUUAGCCAAAGACACUGGACUGUCGGUGAGAGUGGUGCAAGUUUGGUUUCAAAAUCAAAGAGCCAAAAUGAAGAAAAUACAACGUAAGGCUAAGAAUAAUCGCGGUGGUGGCGCUAAUGGAGGAGAUGAUAAAGAUAAGGAUAAACUGGAUAAGGAGGGUAUUAAACAGGAGGGUGGCUCUGGUUCGGGUAGUGAAAAUGGUUAUUUGGGCAUGGAUAGUUCAUAUGCCACACAGCCACUAAAUCCAAAUCUACCCUUCUCACCAGAUGAUUACCCCGCCAAUUCAAAUGAUAGUUUUUGCAGUUCAGAUUUGUCUCUAGAUGGCAGUAAUUUUGAUCAUUUAGAUGAUGAUGCCGACUCAUUAUCUCUUAACAAUUUAGAACUGCAAUCUUCCUCGUCAUCGGGUCAUCAUCACAACUCCAACCCUCAAGAUAUAUUAGCCAAUUUAAAUAACAGCCUUAUUAAUCCCAUUGACAAAUUAUAUCUCAUGCAGAACUCCUAUUUUCAAGGUGAAUCUUAAAAAAAUAGUUUAAACUUCGAGGCACAAACAAACAAAUUUAAACAAAAUAUUUUACGAAUUUAUUAGCAAGUAAUAUUUAAAAAAAGAAUAAUUCAAAACAUGAAACGGAGGCAAUUUUAGCAAGUAGUUUUUUUAAAAGAACCACAAAAAUUGUAAAAGGAUUUUAAGUUAAAUUAUUAUUACACUAAAAUCUAGCACAACCAAAGUAAAUUGUAGUUUACUUU